AUGUUGGCCAAAAUCCGCUCUGAGGAGUUUGAGAACAACUUUUUUGUGGGAGAUGCCUUUCUGGAGAAACCCACGCCUGGAAAGGAAUCAGCAGCAGGAUGUAUACUGGACAAGGUGGUUGCCAUCGUCAAAGAGAACGCUAUGACGGACUCUGCGACUGUGAAUGAGCUUCAGGUGGAUUUGGCCGCCUGCUGCACUCACGACUCCCAGGACUGUGUUGCAGAUGUGUCCUCGGCAUAUGCGUUGCUGGAGGCGGUCAACAGACAGCAGCUGGACGCCCAAACCACAGCCCCCAAGGUCGCGGCGAUGCUGAUCCGGGCAGUGGAAAAGCGAAGCUCCGAGGAGAAAAUCCGAGGCUCGUUCUCCAGAGGUCACACCAGUUUUGAUUUUUUAAAUAUGUUUAUGAUUGUUUUCCUAGAUUUUCCGUCAGAUGAUUAUGAUACAAAACGAUCAUGUAUUUGUUCAAGGGAGACUUGUUGUUAG